CCACGUAGCAGAAGUAGGCACCCGACAAACAAGAACAGGAGUUCAUCUCCGACUUCUCGGUCUCCAAAAUUAAGGGUUAACCAAUUACAUCCCCCACAACCAUUCCUCACUGUUUUUCCAGUAGGAAAGAGGUGAGGGAUGUUCUGAAGAAUGUAAUGCUGCAACCUUUAACAAAACGUAGUUACAACUCGCCGAACAUGAAGGGAACCAGAACGUCUGCGAGUAGCACAUACACCGCCUUGCAUUUCGGGCAUCGGAGGUCACUAGCGUUAUGGGUGCUCUAUUAUAUCUGCAACUACUUAUACAUAAUAUCAGAAGAAUGAGCACGCUGCAGUUAUAAUAAAGAUAAGAACAGUUAAGUAGGAAAAGUAUAUAUGAAGUUAUAAAAAUAUAUGUUAGAGUUGUCAGAAUAAGUUCAGUAGGAAGAGCAGGUAGACGCAUAUCCUCUGUCUCUAACUCUCGCUUCCGUACGCGAGAAAUGUGGAGCGCCGUUGCAUAACUAUGAAGGUUUUGGAAGCGAUUUGCUUGGCGACACAAGAAGUUUCUCGCAGUGGCUGCGGGAUACAGCAUGGG